AUGGCCGAUAACACAGAGAAUUCUGGCGAGCCCGGAAGCAAGCAGGUAACUGAUAUUGCCUUCAUGGCUGAAUGCUUUAAACAUCUUCAGGGUCCUUUCAAUGUGGAUCUUCCUGCCAUGGCCGAGUCAUUGGGUUACAAGAACCCGGCUUCCGUGGGCAAUCGUCUGCGCGCAAUCAAAAAGAAGUGGGGUAUUGGUGCUACGGAUGGCACUGAAGGUGGUACGGAGAAUGGCUCUCCAGCAACCACACCUAAGACUCCUCGCAAGGGAGCAAAAGCCGCUCGUGGGCCCAUCAAGGUCAAACCCGAAGUUGACGGAGAAGAAAAACCUGCUGGAAGCCCCGCCAAGCGCGGUAGAAAGCCUGCUGCUAACGGUGGACGCAAGCGUAAAACUGCGGAAACUGAUGACAAGGAGAAUGAAGAACCCAUCAAGGCUGAGAAUGUGAAAACCGAAGCUGCCGAGGAUGAGGCAGAUAAGAUUGCGGCUUAG